AUAGUCAAACAACCAUAUAAAAAGAGGCAAAAUCAUGAGAAUAAUGCACAAGAAGUAGAAUACAGUAGCUGCAGCCAUGAAACCCAACUAUGUUUUCCUCCUUGUCUGUUGCAUACUCUCAGUUUCUCAGGCGAAGGUCGCCGCUCAGGCGCCUUCUAACGGCUUCCGGGUUCGUGCUGUUAAUCUCGGCGGCUGGCUAGUCACCGAAGAAUGGAUCAAACCUUCUCUCUUUAACGCCAUUCCCAACAAAGAUCUCCUGGAUGGAACAGGAAUCCAAUUUAAAUCUGUUACGGUCGGAAAGUAUCUCUGCGCAGAGUCCGGCGGCGGGACCAUCUUGGUUGCUAAUAGAACUGACCCUUCAGGAUGGGAAACUUUCUCAUUGUGGAGGAUCAAUGAGAAUACAUUUAACUUGAGGGUGUUCAACAGACAAUUCGUCGGAUUAGACACGACCAAGGGCAGCGCCGGAAUCAACCUCGUGGCUGUAAAAAACACACCGGGUAUAUCGGAGACAUUUCAGAUUCUUAGAAACUCCGAUGACCGAAACCGUGUUCGGAUUAAGGCCUCCAAUGGUUUUUUCUUGCAGGCAAAAACAGAGCAACUUGUCACGGCAGAUUCUAACGGUAACGAGGGAUGGGGUGAUAAUGAUCCUUCUGUUUUCAUCAUGAAAAACACUGGAGGAUUACACGGAGAAUUUCAAGUAACAAAUGGCUACGGUCCAUUUGUGGCACCAAUUGUUAUGAAGAAUCACUGGGACACAUUUAUAGUGGAAGAAGACUUCAAAUUCAUCUCCAGCAACGGACUAAAUACAGUGAGAAUACCAGUUGGAUGGUGGAUUGCUUACGAUCCAAACCCUCCAAAGCCCUUCGUGGGGGGAUCCUUGAGGGCUUUAGACAAUGCUUUUUUAUGGGCUACGAAAUAUGGACUGAAGGUUAUUAUAGAUCUCCACGCUGCCCCAGGAUCUCAAAAUGGUUGGGAGCACAGCGCCUCCAGAGAUGGGUCUCAGGAAUGGGGAAACUCCCAGGACUACAUUCGACAAACAGUUGCAGUCAUAGAUUUUCUCACUGCUAGGUACGCCCAGAAUCCGAGCCUAUACGCGGUGGAGCUCCUCAACGAGCCGCGGGCGCCGGGGGUUUCUUUGGAGGCGGUAACGGAGUACUACAAAGCCGGGUACGCGGCGGUCCGGAAGCACUCAUCGACGGCGUACGUGGUGAUGUCGAACCGGCUGGGGGCUUCAAACACGGAGCUACUCGCGAUGGCCGGCGCGCUGAAGGGAACCGUGGUCGACGUCCAUUAUUACAACCUCUACAUCGACCUAUUCAAGGACAUGACUGCGCAGCAAAACAUCGACUAUGUUUACAACGACCGGAGAGCGGAGCUGAGCGUUGUGACAACCUCAAACGGGCCUCUCAGCUUCGUGGGAGAAUGGGUGGCGGAGUGGGACGUUAAAAACCCGACAAAGGAGGAUUAUCAGCGAUAUGCUAAGGCCCAGCUGGAAGUGUUUGGUCGUGCGACGUUUGGUUGGGCGUAUUGGACGCUCAAGAAUGUGAACAAUCACUGGAGUUUGGAGUGGAUGAUAAAGAAUGGAUAUAUCACGCUUUAAUUUUGUGUCAUGGGAUUCGGCAAUAAACAAUAUAAUGAUAAUAUGAAGCAAUCGUGAUGUAAUCUGUUUGGUUUUGUAACAUUUGGGUAGUCCCUGACUUGCCAACAUUGGAUAAGAAAUAAAAUACUUGAACUUCAUCUUA